AUGUCGAUGGAGACUGACAGACCCGCGGCGAUCCCACCGCACAGAUGGUGGGCUGAGGGUGAGCAGAUGGGCUGCCAGGAGACAGCGGUGGUGAUGGUGAGGACUGCUAAAAGUCUUUUCUGUUCUGUAUUUCUCCCUAUAGGUGAGGACGAUAGCCUGGCCUUUAAGGAGAAAGUUACAGUGGAAGAAAUCUUCAAGAAAGACUUCAAAGUUCAUGACCCGAAUGCUAAGUGGAUCAGCAGUAAUGAGCUCCUCUAUCGUACCCGUGAAGGUGAUGUGGUCCGCUUUAACAUGGAGACCAACGAGAGUACAAUCCUGGUCACAAACAGGAAGUUUGAAAUGUACAAAGCCAGCAAAUAUGAGGUUUCCCCAGAUAUGAAACUCGUUCUGCUGGCCUACAACGUGCAGCUGGUUUACGAGCACUCCUUCACUGCGGACUACAUCAUUUGCAGUCUGGAAACUCCGGAAACGUGGAUUCUGAACCCUCCAGAAGUGCGAAACGCUCAUCUGCAGUAUGCAGGAUGGGGACCGCGAGGCCAGCAGCUGGUAAAAACGUCAUUUCCCACACUAUAA